UUUCCCACCUAGCUGAUUCUAUUCCAGGCUGUAUUUGGCCUCGGUCAUGCUCAAGCCUCUGAGACACCACUAAAAUCCCAAAUGCGAGUCCAAGAGGAGCACUGGCAGAUAGGGGUUCUCUCCAUGCUGCCUCAUUGCAGAGCCCAACCCAGGCUGUCCCACCUUGGUUACAGUGUACUUUGCUCUGGUAGAACAUGUGCUGGCCCUUGGGUUUCCUCGUGGCUUGUCCAACACCCCAGUAACUUGCUCUGUUCUCCCCCAGCCACCACGAUGCCCCUGUCUCAGAGCAAGGCUGGGCAGAUACCAUGCAACAGCAAGGUCUGCAGGAACCUCUUCGGCCCCGUGGACCACCAGCAGCUCCAGCAUGACUUUGAGAACCUGUUGAAGCAAAACCUGGAAGAAGCUCAGCAGCGCUGGAACUUCGACUUUGAGACCGAGACUCCCUUGGAAGGACACUUCGAGUGGGAGAGGGUCUUCCUGCCUGAGGAGCUGCCCCAGGAGGUCCACAGCCUGGUCAAGGCCACCAGCAGCAAAAGCAGGAGCUCCUUGGUCCACAGGGUCCCUUCCAACGAGCAUCUUGGCAGGAUUUGCCCUGAGGGAUCUCAGCAGAGCUCGGGGGUUUACAGGGCUGGUGCCCCGCAGAGCUUGAAACGUGGGCAGACCACCAUCAAAGACUUCUACAGCUCCAAGCGGAGGAUCAUCCCUGAGAAGCCCAAGCCAUGACAUGGUGGUCGGCUCCUCUGCCAUCGGGGACAGCUGCUCAUGUUCCCUGGGGGUGUCCGUGGCUCUUUCCCCCCACUCUGUACUGUGUAAGCUGUCUAUGAAGCAAUGUAGAGUCUGUAGUUUCCUAUUUAUGAGUAGUCUGGGGUCCUGAGGGACCUUCACUGUGUGCAAUGUAUGAGUAGCCCAUGUUGAGGCUUGUAGCUGCAACAGAGGGGAUGGAGGAGAACUGAAAUGGGCCUGAUGGCACUAAGGCAUUGCCCUGCCUGCGGAGAAGAAAAUGUGUCCUUUGCCCAGCCUUGGUGGGGCCAAGCAUCAUCCUCCUGUCCAGCCAUGGUCCUUCUCCUGCCUGAUGGCUGGCCAUGGGGGACACUUGUGUCCCAGCCACUUGGUGGCACCAGAUAUCCUAAAAGGGUCACUGGUGUGGGUUAUAUUGCUCUGGGACAGGGGACACUCCAGUUGCUGGCACAUGGUGGUGACCCUCUACCCAGCAGGAUGGACCCAGCUGUGUUAUCUCCUUGUUCAUGUGUGUAAGAGUGAUGUAGGGGCUGCUUCUUUCCAUGGCUGCCUGGGAGAGGAAACUUCCCAUGGCAGCUUGGGAGAGGCUGUUCCCUGGACAGCCCUUCCUCGGGGUGACUCACCGACGGUGUCACCCGUCGAACAGGCUGCAGAUGGUGACAAAUCCUGCUGGAGGUUCCCAGUGCUGUGCUCAUUGCAGGACCAAUGCUGCCUGUGCGAGGCUUUGGGGUCCCCUGGAUGCUGCUGACCCAAACCUCCACCUUCUGACCUUGGCUUGUUGAGUGGUGCUGCUUGCCCUCGUGUUCCUGCCUCUUUCAACACUGACACGAGGCUGGGGAGCUCCUGUUCCUGCUCUGUUGGCUUGCUCUGGAGCAGAGUCCUGCUCCCCAGCAGGGAUGAUACUGAAAGAAGAAAUUGUAGCUUUUUUUUGUUUUGUGUUUUUCUUUUUUUUUUUUUCCUCCUUCUUCCUUUUUCCUGGACUUUUUCCUCCUUUGGGGCUGGGGUGGGGAGAAGACCCUCACCUGACUCUGCAGAGUGAGUGGCUUCAGUCACCUCUGGGACCAAGGGAUGUCCUGGAGUGAGGGCUGCUCUGUCCCAGCGCUGAAGGGUCAGUCCCUGCUUUUGAGGGGCUCGACGCUGUCAGGUCUCAGCACUUUCAUAGGGUUCAUCUCCUGCUCUGCUGGAUUUGGACUCUGGAAACUGGUGCAAGAUGGUCCCAGGUAGAAAAGGGACAGGGUCAACCUCCCACCUUGCACCACGAUGCACUUUGCUGUCAGUGAAGCUGGUGAGCUCCCAGCACUAAAUGUUUAUUUAUAAAAAAAGGCUAUUAACUAUGUGGGGGGAAGGGAAAAUACCUGUUUGUCUACAAAUGUUAACUCUGAAUAAACACUCAUCUUGUGUAUGGGAA